UGUGUAUUAGAAACUGAUACAAUCGGCGAUAGCAAAAUGCAUCUGUGGUUAGCUGUUCUGAUGACUGUCCUGGCCGCAAUUCAAGGAGCAGACGAAUGUCAGGUCGAUUUUGAAAAAGUAGGGUGUUUCAAAGACGAUUUGGCCGACAGACGUCUGCCUCACUUCCUAAUUACCGAUCGUGACCCUGAAGACACGUCGAGGUUUGGACAGUUAUUCGACUGGUCAAACUUUGAGGGAUCUGUGCGAAGCCUUCUAUGCCGAUGCUCAUCCAAGGCCCGCUCUCAUGGAUACCGCUACAUUGGAAUACAGUUUUAUGCUGAGUGCUGGGCUGGUAAUUCUUAUCACAGAGCUGUGAGUGAUGGAUGUUCUCGAAAUUGUACACAGGGAUACCACACUUCUCUUGAAGGAGUUUGCAACUUUGAUCGUGAAGCAGACUGCGUUGGAAUGGGUUAUACGAAUUUUAUCUACAAGUUAUUGGACUGUUCUCAAAUCGUCGAUAUUGCAAUUUUACUGGAUGUCUCAACGAGCAUGCGCGACAAUGGUGGUUUUGCAGCUGCGAAAAACCUGAUCAAAACACUGAUCCACUUGCUUCACAUCUCACGGCACGGCGCGCAUCUUAGUUUGGUUACCUUUACUAGAACAGCUAAAGUUGAGUUUAAUUUUACAAGCCAUUACAACAAAGGAGAAGAUACAAUGGCUCUUAAAUCUUACAUUGAUAAUAUUCAAGCUGUUUAUGGUAGUACCUGGCCAGAUAGUGCUCUGGACAUCGCCAAUGAGGUCCUGUUUCUUGAAAAAUCGAUCGGGAUACCAUUCGUCGUAACCAUCACGGAUGGACAUCUGCACUAUGACUCGGUCAUCACACCCGUCUUGGAAAAACUGAAGAGCAAGAGAGUCAACCUAUUGUCUGUCGGUGUUGGAAAUGACAUCAAUAAGAUGGAAGUUGGAUACUUAGCACUCAGCAACCAACAGAACGUCUUCGAUGGCAAUAACAAGAACAGCGCUCAAAACAUUGCUCACAGAAUUAAAUCUCUGGCUGAAGACGAGUGCUCUGCACAAGAUUCAAAACGCUGAGGCACCACGCAGUUUUACACAGGAAGACCGAUGUGACUCCUUACAGAAUCAUCAAGAACACGCCAUUGAUCUAUUUUUCCCUAUAUAUAGACAUGCUAUUUAGAAUCGCAUACAAUCUUCUGAUACAAUGUUGUGUUCUGGUUUGUUUCAUGACUUGACAAUAAAUAGGAAUUGCCUUAAAAGAAGAAUCAUCAUUGCUGUGUAGUUUGCAAGUUACAUUUAAAAAAAUUGGAUGUUUCGCGGGAUUUAGUGUAACAACGUUAACUUAUAAAGGUUCUCACGGACAAACAACUAGAUCCAGUUGCUAAAUGGAGCUCAGUGGUUGUAUCCUGGGUACCAGAGGUUGGAUUUUACCCUUCCGCAUUGUUUAUUUGAGGCCGAAUCGAUUGCUGCUCUGGUACCGAAGAUGCAGUGGUUUAGACCCAUCUAGUUAUGGACUAUUCUUGUCUAGUCACGUGCUUUUACUGAGAUUGCCAGCGGUAACAUUUUAUCAAAAGAGUGUCUGCGGAGUACGAUUUGUGGUCGGUUCUUCAUAAAUGUUCCAUCUGAAAUUGUAAAUGAUUGUAAGGAUAAAUAUACCAAACCUGUGUAUUCUUAUCAUUAUGAUAUACUUA